UCAUUCAAAGUUUAAAGAAAGAAUAUUGUAUUAUCACACGAAUCGACAACAAUGGUUUUUUAUCGUUAUUAAUAAUCAAUCCGAUUCAUCAUUAAGUUAAGAAUAUCCAUCCAAACUUUUUUUUACUUUGUCGAUGGCGUUUCUGUUAUGGAUUCGUUGACAUCGUCAUUCUCGAAAGAUAUUAGUAUCAACAAUAACAAGAAUCAAAAAAUUCUACAAAAUAAAAAACAAAUUAAUUCAUCAUCAAUAAAUACGAUCAUCAAAUCGAAACAAUUAUUUUUAAAUCCAAACAAAAUAAUCGAUUCUACACCAACAAUAAGAUCAUCAAUUAAAAGACAUCAUUUAUUAUCAAAACGAAAAUUAGUACGGCUUACUUGUGAAGGAAAUUUGAAUGAUACAAAUUUCCCGAACAAGUUACGUAAAAUUAUAACCAAAUUAAAAAUUAUUUUGUUGAAUGGUAAGAAUCUCAUCAAGGUAACCAAAGUGGAGCCUUGGAAUAGUGUACGAGUGACCUUAAACCUAUCGGACGAUGCUGCUCAACAAUUACGGCAGCUUGCCGAACAUGGAGAUUCAACACUCCGCAAUAUCGGCAUACUGUCGGUACAAGUCGAUGGUCAACAGGUAAUAUCAUUGACCGGUACAAAUGAUGUAAAUAGCAACAACUAUGUUACAUCCACAUCCAAUACCUGCAUAACAAACAACAAUCCAAAUGAUGCUUUUACCAUUGAAAAUCAUAUCGGACGUGAAAAGAAUUCCCAUUUAAACAUAUCGUCCGUUAAAAAUGAUAAUAAUUAUUUUGAACAUACGAAUAAUCAAAUCAAUGGCAUCGCGCUACCUACAACAGCGAUCAAUUGUGAAAAUAGCAAUAGUAGUACUAAUAUUCACAGUGGUGGUGGAGGUUCUAAUGGAUCAUCAUCCAACAAUGAAACACCUAUCACUAUAUUACCUCCACCGUUACUGUCGUCUACGACGACUACAAAUGUGCCUAUGAUCAUACCAAAGUUAGCAACCUCGAAAACAGCAACGACAACAUUAAUCACAUCAUCUGCAUCAUCAUUCACUAAUUCUCAAUUCGGUAUAAAUAAUAAUAAUAAUAAUAGCAGUAAUAGUCAACAGCCGAUGCACCAAUAUCAACAACAGCAACAGAUCAAAUUUAAUUUUAUCAUCGAUAACAAUAAUAAAUGCCAGAAUACCUCAGAAUCUCAAUCAACCAAUAACAAUGAAGAACAAGUCAUGAAUCAAACAGUUACGCUACCAACAACAACAGGUGUGCAACAAUCACUGAUAGGACCGAGGCAAUUAUUAUUGAAUCGUCAACAAUUAUCAUCUACACUUAUGACACAAAUGAUCCCUGCGGAUCAAUCAUCGUCAACUCCAUCGAAAUUAUUAGUGCCUAAUACAACAACAAUUACAUCAUGUCAAUUAGCUGUCACUGAAUGUGGUGGUGGUAUUGCAAGUACUCCAUCAGUUUCAGCUACGACAACUAUGACAAAUAAAAAAUUAGCUGAUCUGUUACCUUCAUUACCUUCACAAUCACCGACAUUGAAUUCAUCUGCUUAUAAAGCACAGGAAUCGCAAUCAAAUCCACGACAUCGGCAACAAGUUUUGAUGCAUAAUCAAUCGUCUACUGGUAGUAUUGGUAGUGAAAGUAAUCGGCAAAAUUCUAGUGAUAUCUUAUUGGAAUCAAAAAUAGAUGCCGUUGAUGAUGAUCUUCUUGUUUCUGUUGCGGCUGAAGAUCCAAAUGUUGAUUUUCCUACUGAUCUAAAUGAUCUUAAUUUAUUGUUGGAAGAAAUGGAAUCCUCAUCAUUGACGACGACAACUACAUCUGCAUCAUCGGUAGUCACUACCCCGAUAGCGGCAACCACGACUAUUACGGUUAAUCAAACACAACCUAUUAUGUCGAACCAAACAAAUGUCAAUAAACAACAGCAUACACUAUUAGCAAUGAAUUCGGAUCCUAAUAACAAAAGUCAAAAUCUUCCAUUUUUCAUCACUCAUCAUCAACAGCAUCCGAUACAACCACCUUCCUUACAAUCAAAUAUGUCGCUAAUUAGUAAUAGCAGAAAUGGUGUUGGACAGCAACAGCAAUCAAUACAGAUGAUACAGAAUAAUAAUAACAAUGUAUCAGUAUUACCAGUGACUACUACAUUACCAGAUCAAACUUCUUCUGGAUCAUUAGUUAUGACAACGACUUCCACCAUCAAUGUUGGGCAAUUUCAGCAACAGUUAUCUAAUGAUAAUGCCAUCUAUUCAUCACCAUCGAAUAAAUCUCAGCAACAACCACCAAUUUCCUGCAUUCAACAAUCGCAGACCGGUAGUCCAAGGCAAAUAUAUGUGCCAGCCAGAACGCAACAUUCUUGGCGUACGGUAGCAGCAGCAGCUGUUGCGACAAAUUCAAAUGUGUCACCGCAACCAUCACCCUCUAUUGUUUCAACGCCUCCGCCGCCACCUAAAGUUCGAACUCCAACUUCUCUUUCAGGAGGAAGUGAAAUGUUAGUUCAUCAACAACCUCCAUCACCACAAACUAGUGCAACACGGUUCAUAUCGGUUAGUAAUAAUAAUAAUAAUAGUGGUAUGGCAACUCCUCCACCCUCAUGUCCGUCACCAUUAAUUCGACAACAAACAUUAAAUUCUUCAACGUCGAAUGCUGCCAUAGCAAAACCUCAACAGAUAUUAAUUCGUUCCGGUGGUCCUGGUCAAUCAUUCUCGAUUAGCCAACAACAACAAUCUUCGACGUCGAACGCCGUUAUAACAUCAUCAUCGAAUGCUGUUGCUUUAUCCAGCCCAUUGUUGGUAAAUUUAUUACAAAACGAUGUGCCGGCCGUAUCGUGUUCAUCAUCAUCGUCAAAUAAUUCAUCAACUUCAUUUCCACAACAAAUAACAUCGAAUGUUGCCACAUUAGGAGGAAAUAAUAACGGUAAUUCUCAGCAGCAACAAAUUCAUCUGUUAAGUAGUCAUCGUCAUCAUCAAAGCAGUGGUGAUAGUAAUACUGCUGCUGCUUUGGGUCAAGUGACACAUCAAUUAAUGAUGGUACAAGUAUCCUCGGCUGGUGCUGGUCAAGCAACUACAACAACUAUCCAUCAGAUAAGUAAUCCUGUUGCCGGAAAUGUUAUUCACCAUCCAGCCAUGUCUGCAUCUUCCACUUCUGCCAAACAUCAAUCGACCAAUGAUCAAUCACAAUCAAAUGCGAAUAAUAGUGGUGCUUCGACACCAACAACACCAUUGGCCAAACCAAAAAAACAACGCAAAUCAAGGAAAAAGGCAAAUCAAACAACAGAAACGAUUAUUAUGACGGAUUGUUCAUCUUCCUCAUCUUCGAUGCCAUCAACGCCAACAACACAAUCAAAUCAAUUUACACCCAGUGGAGGCAUUUCAAUUUGUCAAACUCCAAAUUCUGAUUUAUCAGCUAGAAUGCAAUCCAAUUCGGGAACAACGUUUUUAACGAUACCGGCCAAUGCACAGCUAAUACAGCAGCAAAAAUUACAGCAACAACAACAUUCUCAAUCAUCAGCCAAUCAGUCGACGUUAAUUACAAAUCAACAGACAUCGCAACAAUCGUUGCGAUUCCAUCAUCAAAAACCAAGAUUAAUGAUGAUUGCAACGAAUGCCGCUCAUCAUCAAAUGAUCAAUGCUGCUAGUGGUGGUAACGAACAAAUGACUGCUGUAUCAUCAGUAUCGACAAUGGGAAAUCCAACUAUUGUUUCAUCUCCAUCUGGUGGAACGUUCAUCAUAGCAAAUGUGCCGGCCAGUUCAUUGCAGAAUGCAGUUACAUCUUCUGCCGCGGGGACAACAAUGAUGACAGCCGUAUCUCAAUCAAAUGUAUCGCCUGGUGUUCAAUUGGGUGGGAAUAGGAAACAGAUAUUUUUGGCUACAAAAUCAAAUUCAUUUCCUGUAUCAUCAGCAUUAUCCGCUGGCGCUAUCGUAAGGUUCGCUAAUCAAUCGCUUGUCAAUGCUGGUGUUGGUGCUUCCUCAUCAUCAUCAUCUACUCCGAAUUUAGUACCUUCUCAAACAGUGAAAUUGGUUUCAUCGUCAUCACAGCAAACACUUAAUCAGUCAAAUCAAAAUUUCCAACAAUCUCUUCAGCAGCAAUCCACAAUAACGACCCAACAUCAGCAACAACUGUUAAGUUCUGUUUCGGCAAUCGUUAAUACAUCUCCAAAUAAAUCUAGUCAACAUACGUUGCUGCCAACAUCGACAGCCUCGCCAUCGUUGCUUCAUCAAUCAACUACCAUGCAAUUGAAUCAAUCAUUAUCAAUAUCAAAUUCUAAUACGAACAGCAACAAUAAUAACAAUUUUUCCAUUAAUCAGCCAGCAUCAGUUUCCAUCGCACCAUCCAUCUCUAUAGCUUCGUCAUCAUCAUCAUCAUCAUCGCCGAUUCGUGCGACUAAAUCUCUUCACCAACAAUCGGAACAAUUAUUACUUACGCCCGUUGUUGCCAGUUCGAUGCAAUCAUCGUCGACAUCGGUUACUAAUUUGAACCCGCAACAAUUCCAUAAGUCGUUUCAAGUACAGGCCACAGGCUCAAUUUCAAAAAACAAUCCAUCAAGUUUAUUGUUGAAUAAAUUAAGUCAGCGACAGCACUCAACUACUGUAAAUCCACCUAUGUACACCAAAAUCGCAUUACCAACUGCGGCUACUGUUUCCUCUUGUGUAUCCUCACCAGGCAAUAUGGUGGCAACAAAAGUUCCGUUUCAUACAAAAGUAUCUGUUACGUCAGAUGUAGUCACGAAAUCGGGAGAAAGUGUCUUAGACAAUGCCACUUUUGUUGUAAAAAAUCAGGAAGUUCCGUUGUUACUUGUAGAUCAGCAAAAAUCAGCAGCUGUGGCUGCUCCAACAACUACCUUUACUAAGACCACAAGUGCCGACCAAUCAUCAACUCUUCAACAAAAAACAGAAAUGAUUACCACUGGAAAUAAACCGCAAAUGCAUGUUAACUUCAAACAAUCAUUAUCAGAAAUGCUGAGUAGUAACGUUGAAAGCAACACUGGCGGGCAACAGUCAAGAACUUCACCAGAUUCAGUAUUUAUGGAUGAUCCAGGUGUUGGUCGAACAUCGACAGUCAAUGAAUCAUCGGCACCAAUAUCGCCUUCAUAUUUUCUAGCACCGGCAUCUGCAUUCGAUAGAUCUGCAAAAGAUCCAUCACCUUCUGCUGUUCAAAUUGAUGAUGUUUCCCGAAUUGAUGUCAGAUCUUUUCAAGAGGAUUCUAAAAUAAAAAUCGAAAAAAUUAAUUCUGAUGAUGAAAAAUCUGGAAUAAAAGGUACAAUUUCUGCUAAAAAGGAACCAGAAUCUUCUACGGUGAUCACUUCAUUAACCAUUUCUUCGUCUACGACAACAACAUCUGAAUCAACAUCUAUGGCCAAAGCAGUUGAUACGUCAUCCACAACAAUCACACAAAAAUCCAAUUCAUUCUAUGUUAUUAAGCAUGAUUAUUCUCAAGAAUUACCUGAUCAUAUUUUAGAUGAUGAUGAUGAAGAAGACGGUGAUGAUGAUAGUGAUGCUGAUGAUUACGGUUUCUAUUCAAGUCGUCCAUCGCAUUUCCUAAGCGGAAGUAUCGGUAGUAUUGGUGGAACAUCUAAGAACCCAGUGUCAACGAAUGAUCGUAAUUCGAAUAUGAACAAGAAUCCUGUGCCGGAAUGUGAUGAUUUAGGAAAAACGACUGGGAAUGCUCCUGAAAAAUCAUCUUCGUCUGAUUUUUCAGCAGCAAAAUCCAUUGAAGAAUCUAAUUCGGAAGUUAAAUUGUCUGUUCAAACUGACUCGGAAUUAUCAGCUAAGCAAGAAUCGUCCUCGAUGAUCAAUGGUGAUGUGUCAUCUCAAAAAUCACCAUCCUCAAGCAUUGAUUCAGACAACGAAAAAUCUUUGAUAAAGCCAUCAACUCAAUCACCCCCAGUCUCUUUAUCUACCACCGUUCCAUUAUCCGUUGCAUCAAAAAGUUGCCCAAUUUCAACAACCGUGACCACUUUUUCAACAAAUGAAACAAACCAAACAAAAGAUUUGACUAAUAUUGUAUCUGGUAUUGUAAACAAUGAAUUAGAUGAGACUAAAGUAUCGAAACUUCCAAUUACAUCUUCGGAUAUUUCUAAUUCAUCAACAGUUGACAAAAAUCAGCAAAUUUUAUUAUCUGCUCCUAAACCUUUAGCUAGCAAAUCGACAACAACGACAGCUGCUAAAUCUCGACGUAAAACUCACUCCCCAUCGGAAACCUCAUCUUCGUUGCUUGCUCCAAGUAACAAAGAUUCAACAUCGCUUAUAAUAUCGAAUUCGAAAAUAGAAACAAGGAAUGAAUCACCAUCACCGAAUGAAAAACAACAACCACAACAACAGCCGGUAUUGGUGCAUUUCAAACAUCCAACGUCACAAACACUUUCAACAACAAGUACCGCUAUACAGUUAACAAAUACAAUGAAUACCUUUUUGACUGCUGCAACAUCAUCCGCGGCAACAAUAGCUGAUAAUAAUAACACUUCCUCUAUAUCAACAACGACGGCUUCGAUGGUGACAACAACUGUACCGACACCACCUAAUCAAAAGAUUCGUGUUGUCUAUAAUCCUCCAAUGUAUCGAACUGUUUUACCGACAUCAACUGGAGGACAGCAGCAACAAUUUCCACAAAUUCAAUUACUUUCGAUCAAACAAUCAUCAUCAUCAUCAGCGACUCCAACAUCAUUCAAAAUUAUAUCUAAUAAACUACCCAUGGUUAGUCAACAAGGAUCAUCACAGCCACUAUUGAUACCGAUGGCCGUUUCAAAUAAUCAAGGAACCGUUUUUUCGGUAAAAGCUCCAACAUCAUCAGCAGCAAUAACAACAAACUCCAUUUCUCAAUCACCAACUGCCGCAACCGUCCAAUCGGAUUAUCUGCAAGAAAUUAAUAUUAACAAUAAUAAACAAUCAUCAUCCGAUUCAGUAGAUUCAUCAAAUCUGAAAACAAAAGAUUCUGAGAUAAUAAAAAAUGAAGAAAUCGACAAGAAAUCUGAUGAUAUAAUUCUGUUGUCGGAUAAUUCUAUCGACAAUGGUACCAAAAAUGAUGCUUUUCCUACCGAACCAAUCAUUUUUUCGAACCUGAAUGAAAAGACUACAGAAUCUGCUAUAACUCAUCAAUCAUCUACGGAAGAAAUAGAAACUAAACAGACCCUAAGCCGACAAAGUCUCGAUACAUCAAUUCUGAAGCCAACAUCACAAACUGAUAAUCCACCAACGACCAACAAGGUAACAAUUCAACCUCAAACUUCGAUAGCACGUACAGUGAUAAUGUUACCAAGCGGUUCGGAUUCGAUUGCUGGUUCAAAUGUAGUUAUUUUGAAAGCAGAAAGUUCACGAUUAUCUAAAGCUGAUAAUGUAGUGACUACCACUACUAAUAGCCUUAGUAAUAGUCCUUUGAGACGUCAGAUAUUAAUAUCAAAACCGACAACGCAUCAUCAUUAUUCUUCAAAUCAGGAUUCGACAACGCAACAACAAGGAUCUAUCUAUGCUACUAAAUCUGCUACUAAUAAUAAUAAAACUGUGACAGCGACAAAAACAUUGCCUAGUAUUCUUCGUCAACGAAAACGGAAAAACGAUGCAACUAAUUUGUCACAGCAACAAGUUUUUCAAACAUCCACUAUAUCAACGAUCACGAUUGAUCCUAUAAAAUCAUCACCCUCUUCUAUUGAACAAUCGGUUAAUGUUCCUGUUAAUACGAAUGAUUGUAGCGUUCUAUUAUCUUCUGAAUCUGAUGAGGCAGAAUCACACUCUACACCGACUGUCCAACAUGGUUCUUUGACUUUCAAACAGCACAAAUAUCAAUCUAUAUUAUCUACUUCAACAAUGAAUGAUGAUAUUGAUGCUACAAAUGUUUCUGAUCAAAUAGAUUCUGCAACACAGGUUACGGCAACAACAAGACCUCUAAAACGAGCAAGAAAAAGUAAAAUUACAACCAUACAACAACAACAUAUUGGAUCAAUGGCAUUACCAACAUCAUCACCAGUUUAUGUAAAUUUUGUAACUAACCCUUGUUCAGAUCUACAAAUAUCAAAAUCUAAUCAGGACGGUAAAAAUGAAACAACACCGACGGUGUCGACUUCUCGAAUAUUAAGAAAUUCAACUACUCUAACCUUACAACCCAGUACGCAAUCACCGCCUAAAACAAUCGUCAAACGUGGCCAACGUAAUCAACGAACCACAUCGAUUCCGGUUCAAAUGAACGAAUCAACAAGUGUCUCGGUUUCAUUAUUUCCAACCACUUCAACGAAUACGAUGAACGAAUCUAUUAAAUUGAAUGAUAAACCAAAAAGAGGUAAUCAUCAUCUUUGAUUUCUUAAUAUUUUUUAAAAAGUUAUUUCCCUUACAUUAGCGGCUGCUGUCGGAAACCCAAGCGCUACUACACCUACAAAUCGACAAACACGAUCGAAUCGUGGGCGAAAAAAACCAAACGAAUCAUCAUCAUUAGAUCAAACAAUGACUGAUGCAACUUCAAUGAUUAGUUCAUCAGAUCCUGUUCCUGUUUCCGAAAAACUUGUUACUGAUGAUACUGUCGAUCCACACCAACCCCAAUCAUUAAUCGAUCCGAAUAUAAUUGAUAAAAAUCUCGACUCAAGGUCGCCAUCAUCAUCCACAAUGCUCUCACAUAAUAUUAGUACAACAACUACUUCAUCAGUUGUAUCGAAUAAUCCAACAAUAACACACGUAAUUUCAGUUUCAAGUUCUGGGGAACCUUUGGUUUCUUUAUUGGAUAGUAGUAUUAAUGUUAAUUCAACUGGUGGUAAUAAUCCUGUGACCACUUCUGGUGGUGGCAACAAUAAUUCUCUUCUUGUUAAACGAUCUCGAAAAACCUUACUUACCGCAGUAACAUCUGCCACAAUACAAUCGCGACCAUCUUUAAGAAAUAGUUCUGUUUCAGAAACCAUAUCUCCACCACCACCUUCAGCAAAACGUCGUAGAUUGGCCAAAGAUGUUUCUAAAUGAUUGAUGAAAACUUUUUAAAAUUGUUAUUUGGUUUGACUUUGAAAGAAAAUGAACGAAUCAAAAAAUUCUUUUUUUUUGUUGUAGAUAUUUCAACCUUAUUAUAAUGCAUUUUUUC